UGUGAAAAACGUUUAUAUGAUAACAAAGCAUUGUUUGACAAAAACCUAAAUCGUAUCACCGUCAAUUUCUCACCGCACGUAUUACGUAAAAUGUGGAACGUACAUCCCAGCAUUGGACUGUGUGAAGAGUUGACCUUUGAAGUCGUUUGGAAUAAUGAAUUCUGGAUAUUCAUAUGCAUUAAAGAAUGGAUUGGUGAUGAAAAGUCUUUGGUAAAAUGUGAAGUAUCCGGAGUCACACUAAUUGGAACCGAACUUGUGAUGAAACUUGUUGAAGAAUUAAAAGUCUUGGGAGAAAUGGAAAAAUA